GUUUGAUCAUAUUUACACGUUACUAAUCAAUCCAUUACUUCACUCUGGAAUCAAAACGAUCAUCAUCUAAGUGGACUGCAGCUGGUGAACCAGGUUCGAAGCGUCCAAAGGCCCAGAAUCAGCUGGGAAGGUUAUGGCUCCAGUAUUUUUGGAAACACAUGGAUUAUUGGAGAGAAAAUCAAUAGCGAAUACCACAUAGAGUUGUUGGAUGCGAAAAUCAAGGAAAAACGGCCUUAUAUGUCGAAGAAGAAACCACUGUUUCACCAAGACAUUGUACCGAAUCACAAGUCGAUGGCAACGAUGUAUAAAUCGAACGAAUUGCUUCCUCAUCCACCGUAUAGACCAGAUCUGACUGUUGAUCUCAAAAAACUACUCGCUGGUAAGACAUUUAGUUCAAAUGAAGAAGCAAUUGUUGAAAUUGAAGCCUAUUCCGAAGCAAAAGACAAGUACGGACUCCAUAUUUACUUAAUAUGCAACGCUAGCAACCGAUUCAAAGAAAUGCAGCAUCUUGGGCGCCAUCGGAAAUUUUCUUUCCUCCAGAUCCAAUCUUUGGGCGCGUCUUGAUCCCAUCGCUUCUUCACCCUAGCUCAGGCGUUAAGACUUGAUGAGUUGCUAGUCUUCUAAACGAAGAGUCAUCCUUCAAUUCGGCGAUAAUGACGCGGAUCAGCUGUCUAAUUGACACGUGUCAAAAACCAGUCCGAGCAACAUGAUCUAUGAUUUAUUUCAUUGCAAACUACGUAUCCAAACAAACUUGUCAAGAAAACGUCAUAAAAUACCGAAUGAUGUCUUCGGAAACAUCUCUAGAUCACACAACAAUUCAAAUCGAUUCUAUAACCGACGAAGAACAUGCCAGUCGACCGGGCACGUCUUUGGAAUCGGGAGGCGAAGAUCAACAGAACUUGUCGUCGGUAUUACCAAACACCGAAAACAUAUUAGAAUCGUUGGAGAAUUUGAGUCAACAAUUGAAGAAAGAACAAGAGGAUCUUCUGAAGCAAUUCAGCACGACGCCUAUACAGAUCGCGGUAUCUAAACACGAAAUCGGCGUCGGAUCCAACCACGUUCUAUCCGAGAUACCAGAAGAACCGCCUCCUCCGUAUUCCUUCCACGGUAACGCCGAACAACGAGUUUACAUCCAACACGGAAUCAGAUACCGGGAUCCAGCUCCAAAUUACUUCGAAACCUACGACGACGAUUUCCAAUCGGCGAGAUUGAGAAGCAGAUUCGUAGCUAAGGUGUACGGGAUUUUGACUUCGCAAUUUUUUAUAACUUUCGGAUUCGUGAUGAUGUGCGUUUAUAUAGUGCCGGUGAAGAAUUUCGUCAAAACGAGACCCGUCUUGUACACUUUAUCUACCGUGGGGUUGGUGGUUUUACUAAUAUUAUUAGCUUGUUUUAUUCAUUUGCGACGGUCUUUUCCGAUUAAUUUCAUAUUAUUACUUAUUUUCACGAUCGCUUUCGCUUAUUCCAUGGGUACGGCCGCGAGUUUUUAUUCCGAGAAAGCGGUCAUGGUAGCUACCGGUUCGACGGCUCUAAUCGUAGCUAUAGUGACUUUUUUAGCUUGGUUGAAUUUGUUCGACGUCACCUCUUGGGGGUUCAUACUUUACGUGGGGGUUGCGCUGGUUUUGUUGUUCGGUCUAGUGGGUUCGAUUAUUUUUUGGGUGUUCGGCGGUAGCGAGAUGUUCAAAAUGAUAUUUGCCUCGGUGAUCGUCACGUUUUUUACUAUUUAUUUAUUAUACGAUACGCAAAAGUUGAUAGGAGGUGGCAGGAUUGCCUUAUCGCCCGAAGAAUAUAUCUUGGGAGCUCUAUCUUUGUACGUUGACAUCAUGUUAAUAUUUAAUUAUGUUUUGUUGUUAUGCGGUAGGGGCUAAAAUUAAAAAUAAUCAACCGGAA